AUGAGCGUGGAGAUCCUGGACGGGAGGACGGUGCAGAGCUUCGUGGAGGACGAGGGGGCCUUCAACGCCUCCGUCGACGGCCGCUUCGCGGCGCUCGACGCCGACCACGACGGCCUCCUCUCCUACCCUGAGAUGGCCGGGGAGAUCAUGAGCCUCCGGGUCCUCGAGAAGCACUUCGGGGUCGACGAGGCCGGUGCCGUUGGUCCCGACGAGCUCGCAAAGCUCUACCGCUGUCUGUUCGCGCGCUUUGACCGCGACGGCGACGGUGCAGUGGACCGGGAAGAGUUCUGGGCGAGAUGA